CUGUCCCCGCCCGCGUGUGUGUGAAGGCGAGCGAGUGCGCCUGGUCGGCCCGAUGGGGGUAAUCGAGGGUUUCGGGGACGCUGAGCGGCGCUUUCCUCUUCCCAGUGAGUGAGUGAGGGAAGUCGGCGGCUCUGGUGCCCGGCCACUUUCCCUGCUUGAUUCCCGGAGCUCCCUGCAGGAGGUGAAAGUCCCCGGCGGGUCCGGGUGGCGUAGUUGCGCCGCAGCGCAGCAGCUGCCGGAGCUCGCCGCCGCCGAGCGUUGGGCGGAGAAACUUUUCCUCCAACUUGCGGCGGGUGGAUCUCCGCUUGACACACCGCCCCCGAGGCAAUUUGAAAAUUGGAAAAAAGGAUUUUUAAGGCCACUUUUGAUUUGCAAAGGUUGUCUGUGAUCCGAAGAGCUAGAGGCUGAGGUGACAACGGGACACACUUUUGGAGAAAUAAAAAUGACUUCUCAUUAUGUGAUUGCCAUGUUUGCCCUGAUGAGUUCCUGUUUAGCCACUGCAGGUCCAGAGCCCAGCACCCAGUGUGAACUGUCGCCCGUCAAUGCCUCCCAUCCGGUCCAGGCCUUAAUGGAGAGCUUCACCGUCUUGUCGGGCUGUGCCAGCAGAGGCACGACGGGGCUGCUGCAGGAGGUGCACGUCCUGAACCUCCGUACCGCUGACCAGGGUCCUGGCCAGCCACCGAGACAGGUCACUCUGCACCUGAACCCCAUCUCCUCCGUCCACAUUCACCACAAGCCUGUCGUGUUCCUGCUCAACUCCCCACAGCCCCUGGUUUGGCAUCUGAAGACAGAGAGGCUUGCGAUCGGGGUUUCCAGACUUUUCUUGGUGUCUGAGGGUUCUAUGGUCCAGUUUUCAUCAGGAAACUUCUCCUUGUCAGCAAAAACAGAAGAAAGGAGCUUCCCCCAUGGAAAUGAACAUCUGUUAAAUUGGGCCCGAAAGGAGUAUGGAGCAGUCACUUCAUUCACCGAACUCAAGAUAGCACGGAACAUUUAUAUUAAAGUGGGGGAAGAUCAAGUGUUCCCUCCCACGUGCAACAUAGGGAAGAAUUUUCUCUCUCUCAAUUACCUUGCUGAGUACCUUCAGCCCAAAGCAGCAGAAGGGUGUGUAAUAUCCAACCAGCCCCAGGAUAAGGAAGUACACAUCAUUGAGUUAAUCUCCCCCAACUCUAACCCCUACAGUGCUUUCCAGGUGGACAUAAUAAUUGACAUAAGACCUUCUCGAAAGGACCCUGAGGUGGUAAAAAAUCUCACCUUGAUCUUGAAGUGCAAAAAGUCUGUCAACUGGGUGAUCAAGUCUUUCGAUGUUAAGGGAAACCUGAAAGUUAUUGCUCUUAACAGUAUUGGCUUUGGGAAAGAGAGUGAGAGGUCCAUGAGAAUGACUAAAUCAAUAAGAGAUGACAUUCCUUCAACCCCAGAGAAUCUGGUCAAGUGGGCCUUAGACAAUGGCUAUAGUCCAGUGACAUCAUACACAGUGGCUCCUGUGGCUAAUAGAUUUCACCUUCAGCUUGAAAACAAUGAGGAGAUGAGAGAUGAGGAAGUACAUACCAUCCCUCCUGAGCUACGGAUCCUACUGGGACCUGGCACCCUGGACAACCCACCCAUCCGGGGAGGGGGUGGCCAGAAUGGAGGCUUCCCCUUUCCUUUCCCGGACCUCGCCAGGAGAGGCCAGAAGGAAGGGGGAGAAGAUGGGAUCCCCCAGCCAAAGGACCCUGUCGUCCCCAGCUUACGACUGAUUUCUGGUCCCAGAGAGCCUGAGGAGGUGCAAGGGAGCAUGGAUGUUGCCCUGUCAGUCAAAUGUGACAAUGAAAAGAUGAUCGUGGCGGUAGAAAAAGAUUCUUUUCAGGCCAACAGCUACUCGGGGGUGGAGCUCACCCUGUUGGAUCCUACCUGCAAGGCAAAGAUGAAUGGCACCCACUUCAUUUUGGAGUCUCCCCUGAAUGGCUGUGGUACUCGGCACCGGCGGUCAGCCCCUGAUGGUGUGGUUUUCUAUAACUCUAUUGUGAUACAAGUUCCAUUCCCUGGGGAUAGUAGUGGCUGGCCAGAUGGUUAUGAAGAUUUGGAGUCAGGUGAUAAUGGAUUUCCGGGAGAUAUGGAUGAAGGCGAUACUUCCCUUUUCAGCCGACCUGAAAUUGUGGUGUUUAACUGCAGCCUGCCCCAGGUGGGGAAUCCCAGUAGCUUCCAGGACCCGCCCAGCAGAAAUAUCACCUUCAACAUGGAGCUGUACAACACUGACCUCUUCCUGGUGCCCUCCAAAGGGGUCUUCUCUGUGGCCGAGAAUGGACACAUUUAUGUCGAGGUAUCUGUUACAAAGGCUGACCAAGAACUGGGAUUUGCCAUCCAAACGUGCUUUAUCUCUCCAUAUUCAAACCCUGAUAGAAUGUCUGAUUAUACCAUCAUUGAGAACAUUUGUCCUAAAGAUGAGUCUGUGAAAUUCUACAAUCCCAAGAGAGUGCACUUUCCUAUUCCGCAAGCCGAAAUAGAUAAGAAGAGAUUCAGCUUUGUUUUUAAGCCCAUCUUCAACACCUCGCUGCUCUUUCUACAGUGUGAGCUCACAUUGUGUACCAAGAAGGAAAAGGACCCCCAGAAGUUACCUAAGUGUGUGCCUCCUGACGAAGCCUGCACCUCACUGGAUGCCUCGAUGAUCUGGGCCAUGAUGCAGAACAAGAAAACGUUCACCAAGCCCCUCGCUGUGGUCCAUCAUGAAGUAGAAUCUAGAGGAACAGGUCCAAGCAUUCAGGAACCGAAUCCAAUUUCUCCACCAAUUUUCCAUGGUUUGGACACCCUCACUGUGAUGGGCAUUGCAUUUGCAGCAUUUGUGAUCGGAGCACUCCUAACGGGGGCCUUGUGGUACAUCUAUUCUCACACAGGGGAGACUGCAGGAAGGCAGCAAGUCCCCACCACCCCGCCGGCCUCGGAGAACAGCAGUGCGGCCCACAGCAUCGGCAGCACACAGAGUACGCCCUGUUCCAGCAACAGCACUGCCUAGCCCGGCGGGCCACUGCCAAGGGCAGGGCCAGACUCCAGGAAGGCUUGAUUGUGGUUCCCUUGUAAAGAGAGUGAACUUCAAUAUAAACAUCACCUGUUGUAUUCACCCCACCACCGCCACCCAGGGCUCAUCUAAAGGCGACCCCUGGACUUCUGUAACACACUAGAGUUCAUGUGAGAAAGCUAAGGUGGUGGCCUUCUCCACCAGCCCCUCCCAGGCCUGGGGGUUUUCAAUGUGAAACACAUGCCAGUUUUUAAAAAUGCUGCUUUGUCCAGGUAAGAACAGCCAUAAUUUGGGGCCCUGAGUUUUACGCAGACUCAAGGAGUUGGUAAAAAGGAGAAUAGCCAGAUGAUAGAACCAGUGAGAUAUGGCCAAAGAUUUUUUUAUAACUGAACCAAGAUGUAAAAGAAAAGAAAUACUUCAAGACUUUUAAGUGCGUUCCUCCCUGUCUAAUCCGCACCUUCAGGAUGCACACUUCUCACCUUGCUGCCACCCUCUGUGGGGGCUGAUGUGUCUGCUUGAUGGGUGCUGCCCUCAGGGACUGUAUCCUGACACACAUCAAGGCAACAUUCCUUUCUUGUGCCCUGGGCCAAAAACCAGUGCUGAUUACCUUAUCAGCUUCCUCCUUCGCCCCACACUAGCACCCUUACUGCAAAAAUGUCUUAAUGAAAAUUUCGUAUUUAUAGACAUAGAGAAAUUGAAAGUGGCCCAAAUCUGGGACUGCAGAUGUGGGCCCAUUUAUGACACUGUUCUGAUAAAUUAAUGUAUAAAUUGGGGCAGAAUUCAAUCGUAGAGUUAAGGAGGAAUUUGCUCGGUGAUGAUAUUUAUACCAGUAAAAGCAUGUAAUAUGUCAUCUGGCACAUUCGUUUUCUCAGUUGAAGAAGAAAAAAUUCAUUCCCCUUUUAAAAAUGUUCUGUACCUUCAGAGUUGGAACUUAUUCUUAAAUAUAUUUGAGAGAAUUGGUGUUUCUCCUCAAAACAUGUUAACCUUUUUAAUAGACCCUUUUGUAAAAACCAAAUUCUUGUAAGAGUAAAUGCAUGGCAGAUCCUGUUGGAUUCCAGUUGGUUAUCUGUGAACAGUGUCACCACUUCUGCCAAGAAAGUGCUGAGAUGUGGAAAAGGGCACUCAUUUAGAUUGCUUUAGUUCUCUUGCCUUAAAUAUAUCCCAAACUCAAAAAGGAUUUGAGGUGGAAUAAUGAAAUAAUAUGAUGCCACUUUGCAGCUAAAAUAAGCUCAACUGAUACCUCUAUGUUAAAAAAAGGAUGCCAGAGGAAAUUUUCCAUGCCAAAUCAUUUACUACUGAGGAUAGUUUCAUUGCAAAUAAAUAUUAUUCUUUGUCCAUAUUUCCCCCAAACAACUCAGAAUUCUACAAAUAGAAUAGGCUAGAUUUUACCCCCCAAAUGCCAUAUUUGUAAGUAAAUCGCACUGCUCUUAAAAUAAGGAAGCUGUCUGGUUCUCUGUGAAUGGAACCUUAAGGUUGAUGACACCAAGACCUAAGGGCAGUGUCUGCAAGACAAACAAGUCGGUUGCAAGACAAUCAUUCUUACCAAAUUACAGAGGAAUAGUCUGGUUGAUUCAAUAGGUGCCAACAUUCAAUCAGGAUAAUUUUAACCAAAACACAUUACUUGAGGGCUAAGAUUUCCAGAUUGUCUACAAUGAUCAUUUUGCAUAUUUUCACAUACAAAUGAAGACAUGAGAUUAGAGAAUAUUUUUCCUUCAGUUAACUUUUUUUUAACGUAAAGGUAUCAUCGUGGAGGACCUAGAUUAUGCUACCUGUGUUUGAAAAUACUGCGCUUUGCCUAACCUUCAGAGAAUGUAUUGUUUUAGCAUAUUCUAUGUAUAAAAAAGUUUAAAGAUGUCUUCAAAGAAGACUAGAGUCUUUAAGUCACUUAUAGCUAUAUUUUACUACAAAAAUUUGUGUAUAAAGAUAUAUUUAAGUGUUUUAGAUUUAAAAAAAAAAGUUACUCCAUAUGAAAUGUUUAAUUUCAGUUACUGUGAAUUUUUUGGUCAGUUCUUUGCUUUUUAAAAAACCCCUUCCUUCCUGUUCAAAAGAAAAUUAGUUAUUAAGAGGUAUUAAAAGAUCCAGUUCUUAGAUAGACAGGGUUAAGUAAACCUUUUGUAAUAUAUUUAAAUGUAUAUUUUUGAGAGAGAUGCUACAUUGCCAAUGAUUUUAUAAGUAAUUUAAAAUUAAUUUACAAAUUUAUAGAUGCAAACCAAAAGAUUUUAAAAGAAAAAAGUCAAUUUUAUUUGUUUGGGUUUCAUUGUCAAAAGUAUUAUUUAGAUCAAGAAAUCCAUGUUGAUGAAACUGGAUCCCAUGUUAAUUGGAAAGUGAAUAUCAUUAAGUAUUUCUGAAAUGUUUCUUUAUAAAAAAUGAACAUAAAAAAAAGUUUUCUCCCUAGCUUCUUGUUAUAGCAUUUCCAAUUGCUUCAUACUUCAAAGUUUUAAUACAAAAUACAAGCUCAACUUUAUAACACAUUUUGCAAGUUUCUAUAAAACUGUUGUUAUAUUCCAGUAAAACUCUUUUAUCUGCAAAGCCUUGCUACUUCUGCAGGCAACACCCUUAAUUCGCAGAGCCCAUUUUUGUUUUGUUUUGUUUGAUGCUAAAGCUAUUGUUGAAAUGCUCCAAACUCCAAGGCAGAUUGUGUAACAUCCUAUAGGUUUUUACCAUGUGGUGUUUACCAGCUGUUACUCUGUAUUUUAAAAGUCAGAAAUUCCUUCUGUCUAAGCUGUUUCGAUAGCAUUUUCUAAACAACAAAAAAUGGUCUUUCACUUGUCUGUAAUAAGAUUGUAAACCCAUGUCCUGUGUGUGUUCUGUAGUGGGCAUGAUUGUGAAUGUGUGUUGGGGCACGUAGUUGCGUGCCAGUCUUUUGUACUGUAACUACCUCAUAAUUUGAGUGAUGGUUGUACUGCUGGUUGUAUUAACAGAGCACAUUUUGUUGGGUGAAUGGUAUGUGUGAUUUUUUUUUUCCUGUUUGUUUUAGCUGGGGGUUGUUCAUGAAACUGACAUGUUUUUUUCAAAAAAGGACUAUUAUCAGUUUCCAAAUACAAUACUUCUCUCUUCUGGUUUUUCCUGAAUGAGCCUGAUUUUAUUGCUGUGUUUCAUCAUGUAAGAGGGUAAAAAGAGUACCCUUAAAAUCCCUGUGGCCAGUUUGAAUGCCCCUGUUAUAUGUAGUCUUUUCUCUGUUCAGUGUGUCAGCAAUUUUGUGAACAUGCUUAGAUAUAUAGUUUUGAUAACCACAGUUUUAAGUACUUUAUCUGUGCAUAAUAAAAAGAUAUAUAUCAAUUAUUAA